AUGACCAACCCGGCUGAUGCUCGAACUCACGACUUCCUUACUGUGCUACCCGGGUUGAAUGUCCUCAUCGCCCCGGCGAUUCUUUACGUUGAAUUUUCGGCUUGUUCCAUCUCGUAUCGACAGGCAGUCGCCGUGUCGCUGUAUGCGCACCGGGAGGAAGACCGACACGGCGGAGAUGACGUCCAGCAACUGCUAGAGGCUGGUGAGGAAGAGUUCCUGGAAAUUAUGGCUCUUGUCGGUAUGGCCAAGAAGCCGCUGCACGUUCGCCGCUUGCAGAAAGCGCUACAGGAGUACACGGUCAGCCCUACCGCUUUUCAACUAAUGGCGCUGCAGAAGUCUAACGGCGGCGUUUCGACGCCCACCUCCAGCGUCACUCAUUUGAUCCCAGACCUCGUUUCCGGCGGUGCUGUGUUGCUUUCGCACGUCAAUCUCUCCUUUGAUCGAUCGCCUUUGACGAUCGACUUAUGUCCUUACGUCUAG